CACCUCCUUAAAAAAAAAAAAACACCACGCAGCUCUGCCUUAAUACCACCACCUGCCAGAUCUAAACUGUAACCAAGCCAACCUAAAGCCUUCAAAAUGAUGCACAUCAGCGACUCCGCCAGCAACAAGCACUCCCUCAUCAACGUCAUGCACCGCUUCAUAGCAGCUGCCAACAACAUGGACGAGACCAUCAUGGUGCCCAGCCUGCUGCGAGACCUGCCGCUGGAGGAGCAGGCGGCCAAGGAGAUGGAGCCCAACAACAACAAUCACGAACCCCAGUGUCCCAACAAGCAGCGGGACAUGUACGAGCACUACCUGCUCCUCAAGUCCAUAAAGAACGACAUGGAGUGGGGCCUGCUGAAGAAGGAGAUGAGCAGCGGCGCCAGCUUCCUGGAGAUGGCCGUGAAGCAGGAGGAGCAGAAGCCGCUCACCGGGGACCUGCUGCCAGACGAGAACUCGGACCUGGAGAACCAGUUUCACUAUCACCUCAGAGGACUGUUUGGAGUUCUGUCCAAGCUCACGUUGCAAGCCGACCACCUCACCAACAGGUACAAGAGAGAAAUCGGAGGUGGAAACUUCAUGAGAUAAAAGUCACUACGUUUUUCUUUCCUUUUCCCUCCCCGGACUGCUUGACUUGCACAAUGGGAUGUGUUGAGAAGGGAGCCCAUCUCUUCCUAAUAGAUCUCAAUGGACAGUGAACUGACCAGGGCGACCACUUGGUAACUUCUCUCACUCCUGAGUAGCGACACUCCAACUUCCCCGUACCAAAACAUACCUGAAACCAGUGACGCCGGCAUGUGUCCCCUGCCUGUCUCAGUGCAGAGGUGUGACAGUGUGUGUGGUGGAGGUUUACUGAGUCUGUUCCUAAAGUCCAGAUGAAGCGCAGCUCUGGUUUAUGCAGAAACUUCCCCUUCCCCUUUUUAUUUUGUUUAUUUUUUUCUUUUCCCCAUUUGUCUUUUCAUUUCAAGUGUCACCAGAUUGUGAAUAAAAGGUUUCUGAGCGUAGGAGAAAUUGAAUGCUGGUUAUUCUGUCCCUCCUUUUUAAAAAAAGAUGAUAAUAAUUUUAGCGCUGAGCUGAAAGGGCUCUUAAGUUUUAAAUCUUUCCACUUACUGUAACAUGGCGUGCCUUGACUUUUUGUAUACUCAUGCCCUGUUCAGUUACUCCCCAUUGUCUGACUGCUUAAAUUGCUCAAAAAGGUGUUCAUGAUUUAAAUUGUUUGUCCUUGGAUAUUUCAAACAUUUUAUAUUAAAGCAGUAAAACUGAAAUAAAUAAUUGGAAACUUGA